GUGCAAACACGUCGAGGGCUUCGGGACAGGAAACCGGCUGGUGUGGCUUCAUAACUAGGACGAACGUGGGAUGGAGUGAAUGUGUUUCUUCCUGCAUAGGUUGACUGGUCACUCUGUGUUGCUUUAACAGUUAACAGUCGAGUCAGUGAAAAUUAGUCAUCAUGUCAGUGUUAACUCUUGAAGCUAAGCUAGAGCGGACUGAAUCGUCCACCCCAUGGGGUUUUCGUAUGCAAGGGGGCAAGGACUUCAGUAGCCCAUUGACUAUACAAAAGGUAAACCCAGGGAGCCUGGCAUCUAAAUGUGGGCUGCAGCAAGGUGACAUCAUUCUCAAAAUAGGGAACAUCAGCACAGACAUACUGCGUCACAAAGAGGCCCAGGAGUCCAUCAUUGCCUCUGGCAAUCGGCUUGAUCUUUUGCUACAGAGAAUAAGAGAGAAGAAAAAAUUAAAUCAUGAUGGAGGAGGUGCUCCUGCAACAUCUAUCGUGCAAAACUACGAAACUUUUUCAGCACCAUCCUACAAUGCCAAUGCUCUCCAAAAUCAGCCCCCAACACCUUCUCAGCAGGCUUACAAACAGACUUUCAAUGCUGCUCCUCGCCCAUUUGGGGGCUCAGUUCAGUCAGCUCCAACAUCAGCGCCGACACCUUUCAAGCCUUCCUAUGGCAAAGAUGACCUAGCACAACGCACAUCCAACUUGUCUAUCUCACCUGGCAGCAGCAGCGCAAGCAGCAGUAGUAGCAGCAUCAGUGCUGCUCCGACCUUCAGCAGUGCAACAAGGGCAACAAUAGAAAAAUACAGUGAUGACGACGAUGGUUCAAAGCCCUCCCAGUAUCAGUCUAAAUCAUUUAAGUACCUCCAGGAUCUCAUGGAAAGUGGAAAGGAACCACCUAAAGCCCUUAAACCUACCACAAACAAAGCCUUGCAGCCAAGGAGUGUUUCCCCUGCUGAAGCUGCCCCAUCAUCUCAAGCCAAACCUAGUACCAAGCCAGGAACAGUGAAGGCAAUAAUGUCACAGCGCUACAACACUCCCAUUGGUCUAUACUCAGACUCGGAAGUCAUGACUCAGUUUGAGGGCCAAUCCAAAUUUUUGCUUACUCCUGAGAAUGGUGGUGAGGAUGAUGACCUGCCACCCCCACCACCUCCAGAAAUGUUACAAGCAGAGGACGAUAGCACAAAUCCAGUAAAGUAUUUUCCAUCAGAGACAUACCGAUUGAUUCGUGAACAGGAAAAGGGUGCUGGGGAUGACAACCAAGACAAAACUGCCCACUCGCGAUCCUUCAUUAAGCUACAAAAGCAAUUAGACAGCUCUGGUGCUCCACCAGCCCCACAGUUUAACCCUAAGCCAGUAGCAGCACCUGCUUCUACUUACCAGAAGCCAGCUGCAGCACCAUCUACUUACCAGAAACCAGCUGCAGCACCAUCUACCUACCAGAAGCCAGCUGCAGCACCUGCAGCAAAACCAUGGACACCAGCUGCACCUGCCCCUUCAGGUCCUCGCCCUUUUGACAGUGGGGUUGCACCUAAACCCACUGGAGUUGGUGCCAAACGUGGUCGCCUUGGAGAUGCUGUGGUCAGCAACCCUGUUGCUGGUUCUCAAAACCGCAUCCCAGUAUGUUCCAGCUGUGGAUCUCCUAUAAGAGGCCCCUUUGUGACUGCUGUGGGUAACUGCUGGUGUCCAGACCACUUUGUCUGCGCUAAUCCACAGUGUGGAAUCAAGUUGAUUGAUAUUGGUUUUGUGGAGGAGGGAGGAUUUUUAUACUGUGAACGUGACUAUGAACGCUACCUAGCUCCUCACUGCAAGAAGUGCAAUGCUGCCAUUAUUGGGGAGUGUGUAAAUGCGCUGCAGUCAACGUGGCAUCCUGAAUGUUUCAUUUGCGCUCAGUGUAAGCUUCCCAUUGGAGGAACCCAGUUUCAUGUGGAGGAGGGUAAACCAUACUGUGAGAAGGACUGGGGAGCCAUGUUCCAGACAAUGUGUGCAGGAUGUGACUUCCCCAUUGAGCCUGGUGACAGAUGGGUAGAGGCUCUUGGCAAGAACUUUCAUUCUGAGUGCUUCAAUUGCUCAACCUGCCAGGUGUCUCUGGAGGGACAGCCCUUUGUUGCAAAGGGUGGCAAAGCUUUUUGCAAGAAACAUGCACGUUGAUGGAGAAACCGACCAAAUGGUAUGACAUAGACAGCUCUAUGCAAUCUGCAACCAACCAUCAUCUUGGAUGAUUACUUCUGCUUCUUGCUGCUAUGCAAAAAUCAUCCUUGAUUUAGGGUUUGCUGUUUUUGGCCUAGUUUCUGCUUGAUAGUUUCUCAGUACUAUAACCCUCUACUGUCAUCCCUCUUAAUGAAAUAGGACCUGAAACAAAAUUGUCAAGUUCCCCUGUAAUUAUCAGUUAUGUCACUGAUGUGUUGAUUGAUAGUUAGGUCACAUUUGCUGUUGUUGCCCUCCGUCUCUCCAAGAAGUGACCAUGUUACCUUCUUGGUCAUUCAGGAUAAGAGUUACACCUGUCUGAUUUUGAGUGAUCUGAGUAGUGAGUUGUUCUACCCAGAAAAUGUGGUGUGUUCAAGGUUAAUCACUGAUUGGGAUUGCUGUGAUACUUUUAAAUCCUUAUGAUAUUUUUACCAGUGUACUUCAUGCUUAAAAAAAUAAGAACAAGUUUUUUUCAGAUUUUAGUCAGAACUGUAAUUUCAUUGGACUGUCCAUUUUUUUUAAAGCUGCCAAAAAAGUAUGGUUCACUAUACACUUUUUUUUCCAUCUGCCCAUCAUCAAGAUACAGUGAUACAUGUCGUAUCAUUUGUUUACUGUCGAUAAGGCUGGUAUUCAAGUUCUAUGAUUUGUUACUCUAAUACAUCAAUCUCAGAUUUUUUUUUUUUAAAAAGCUUCCCAUAGAACAAUUUGAAGAAUUAUUCUACAUGAUGUUAUAGAAAAACACAGAGGGUUUGUCAUUUCUAUUCAUUCCUGAAAAGGAAGGAAAUUUGCAAUAGUUUUGGUACUGUUGUAUCCUCAUUAAAUGAUAAAUGGUUGCCAGAUGAAGACAUUGACCUGAGUCUGUUUUUACUAAACCAUUAUAUAAAAUUGUUAAUCAUACUUUACCUAGCAUGUUGCUGUUGGCUUAUGCAUUUAUUACAUGGGAAAAUGAGGAUGUACUAAUAUCUGUGGUGUUGAAACAGUGACCUCAAGGUCAGACUUUGGUAUUUGCAGCUUUUCUGUUGCACACUUUUUUUUAUUACAGAUAUCUAUAGAUCUUUAACGACAUAGUUAUUUAUUAGUAACAUAUGCUGAUUUGUAAAUAUUUUAGUCAUCACUUUUAAGAGGAUAACGGCUUCAAGGUGUACCUUUACCAUAUGACAGAUUGUUUGACAAUGUGAGAUGUUACCACUUUGUGUACUGUAUACAGGCUUUAUAACUUUCAUGUACCAUAGAAAGUGUACUGCAUAUAAACUCACAUAUUGAACUUUCUAACUGGGUUUUCUAAAUUAGUUUUCUAGGGAUGACAUUUUACACACUUACAGAUGAUGUGAAUGGUAAAAAGCAUGUGUCAACAAGUUUAGAAAAAUUAGCAUAUUGCUGGUGAUCAUUAUUAUAUAGUUUGUAUAUUGCUAUUUUAAAAAUCCUAGUUAUCUGCAUCAAAAUCACCUCCUUUUUAUAAAUAGCAUCAUGUAUUAUGGUAGAAAACUUUAGUGGGAAAAUGAAAUUAUUUUUUCUUUGCUUUACAUUCUUGUAUAUUAUCUUUUCACGUAACAUUGCAUCACAGGAUCAGUAAGUUACAAAGCUUUAUUAUUAUUAUCAGGCUCUGUUUAUUGCUUAACUAAAGAUUCUUAAAUGUUGUAUGAAAUAAUCAUGGCAAGUCAAACUAACAUUUUGACUGGAAUAACCUUUUCGUUAAAUUCUGCAGAGUAAAAAAAAUGCCCAUGUUUAUGUUAAAAGUUAUUUUUAAGAAGCUGGCUUCUUUCUCUCUUGAUUUUUUUGUUCUUUUUACUUUCCUAGUUGCUUCACUUUUCUUUAAGAAAAAAAAUGACACAUAAAAUGCAACUUGUAACCCCUAUAAAAUAAAGACGCUCAUUAUCCCUAGUAACCAUUCUUCUAAGAUAUUAAAUUAUCAUCUCAUGUUUUAAGAAAUAUGAAGAUAAUAGCCAAAGACCAUAAAUGAGCCCAAAAGUGUGUAAUUCGGUGACUUGGACAAACCUCUUUAGUCAUAUAGUUCAGAAGAUAAGAUUCCAUAGUGAAAGCUGCUGAUAGGAAAGACAUAUUAACACUUGAUUAGGGGAAUUGUAAGGAUAACCAUGAGGAAAGAGUAUGAAUUUAGGCAAAGAAUUAAUGCCGCUCAAGCAGUCAAUCUUUAAAGCAAUAUACAAGUAUUCUUAUAAAAAUAUUUUGAGGCAAUUCUGUGCCUGUCCAUUUUCGGUGCCUUCUCAAUAUUUUGACAAUGAAAAGCAAACAUUUAAGUGCAAUACAAAAUAUGCACAAAUGUUUACCUAAAAGACGUCCGCACACAGAUCAAAGCUUAUAGUAAAUUUUGGCAGAAAGACUGCUUAUUAUUAGCAGCAGUAAACCAUGUUAUGUGGCAGAAGAGCAUUUUUACUGGAUGACAUAAAACUAUCGAUAUUCCUUGUUGAGAUGUUAAAUUGCAUAUCCUAUCAAAGUACAUACCUAUGUGUGAAAUCCUUCCAGUGUCUUAACACAUAGUGGUGCUACAGUUUAUCACUUUUGACUUAAAAUUUUACCUGUAACUUAUGGCUACAUUCAGUGUAGAGUACUUCUUCACAUCCUUGGUCACAAGUCUACAUAAUAAAUUAUAUGGCAUUUUUGAGACCUUA